UGUAUAUUCAAUGCAUGUGAGUUUUCUCAUCUUCAUUUCUGUAUCUGUUAGUGUCACUUUGCGACUGUUGUCAUAUUUCGUCUGUGGUUCGAAGGAUUUUUAUUAGAGUUCAGGGAUAUUUAUAAGUUAAGAUAUUCAUAAACAUAUAGAAAAUGCAUGCAGUGAAACGUGCAUACGGAACAGUUGAUGUUGAAAGUGUUUGUCGACUGUGUUCAUCGAACAGUGGUAUAAUAGUUUUAAAUAUAUUUGAUGGCGAAGGAAAGAAGCGUCGCAUAUUAUCACUUAUAAACGCCUGCUUACCAGUGAAGGUUUCAGAGAAUGAUCCUCUUCCAAAAGUAAUAUGUCAUCAUUGUUUACACAAACUUGAGGUAUUCCAUGAAUUUCAAGAAAGUUGUUUGAAAUCAGAAGAAACAUUGAGGAAUGGUGUAACAUGUACAGAAACAUUUCUGGAAUUUAAGACUGAUUCUCAGGAGUAUGCACAUGAAUGUGAAGACACAGUCUCACAGUUUCCAACAGAAUUGCUGCCAGUACAAGAUCCAUUUUCACCUAAGCAGUGUACAACAGCAGUAACACCACCAACAGAGCGUUCAGAAGAAUGUACAGUAGCUGAAAGAAGAGAUGUCUUUGAAAAUUCGCCAUCUGGUAAGGUAGAAGUAAUAAUGGUAAAGGAAGAACCUGAUGAAAAGGGUACAGAAGUUUAUGAAGAUAAAGGGUGGCAUCAUACAAGUCUAGUAGAAGAUAAUAUGCAAACUGAACAAACUGAAAUUGAUUUGCUGCCUCUGGAUGAUGAAGUAAAGUCUGAAAGUUGUACCACAAUGGACCCUCCAGUUAUCAGGAUAGAAAGAGACUUUAUUGUGACAAAAACCAAAAAGGGAAGACAUUGUUUGUUGCGUGGUCAGUACAGACAUCGAAAAGCCCGUGAAAUAAGAGGUGGAAUCGUCAUAUGGAGGCCUGAAAGAGACUUACUUGUGACAAAAACCAUUAGGGGAAAUCAUUGUUUAUUGCUUGGUCAAUACAAAUAUCGCAAGGCGCAUGAAACAAGAGGUGGAAUCAUCAUGUGGAGGUGUACAAACAGGGCAUGCAAUGCUGUGUUAAAGACAAAUCUUGGAUGCACUACCGUGUUUUACGCGAGGAAUGUGCACAGUCAUGAGAAGAUUGGUUGGCAAAAGAAACAGAGAAAUAUGUUAUAUAAAAAAAUUUGAAAUUAUAAAUAGAAGAAUGUGAAAGGAAGGAGUUUGUGUUCAUGCUCUGAGUCUCCAAGAUGUGAUGCCUCCACUAGUCACAGCCCCAUGGUCUACAGUUUACCAGUGGAAUGAAGUGUUUAUGUGAUGAAGUUACUGAAAUAGGGAGCCUGAAGGGAAGAGAAUAUUUAGAAGAUAUAGGUAUAUAUAUAUAUAUAUCCUGUAUCCAGGUGUUUGGAGGACGUCCUCUUUUCGUUCUUCCAGGCGGUACCCAUUCCAUGACCUUCGGUAAUCUCUCUUCUGUCAUCCUUUUUGUAUGUCCAUACCAUUCUAAUUGCUUUUGUUGGAUAAAAUCAAGAAUUUAAUUUUAAACAUUCAUUCUAACUCUAAUAGUUUCAUUCCUUAUUUUUCCCUGUCUUGACACCCUUGCAGAACAUCUCCAAAAGUCCAUUUCAGCUACCAGUAAUUUUUUAAGUAACUGUGGUUUCAUAGUCCAAACUUCUGAACCACAUGUCGUGAUACUUCCAACUAUUAUUUUAAAUAUUUUGGUUUUGGUAUUCGUUGUUAUCUGUUUAUCCCAUAAUAUACCAUUUAAUAUAGAGAUUGUCGACUUUCCUGAAUUUAUUUUUGAUCUAAUUUCCUUGUCUUGUUUCCCAUCAUUUUGUAAUUUUCACCUCUAGAUAUUUAAAUUCUUCAGCCUGUGUUAUUGUUCCCAUCCCUUCUUCCAGGACCAAAUCUUCAUUUAUUUCUCCUAUUGUCAUAUAUUUUGUUUUAUUCAAAUUGGUAUUUAGUCCCCAUUUUUUAUAUUCCUCUAUCAAUUUUCUAGUCAUAUAUUCUAUAUCAUCAUAAUCUUCAGCUAGAAUCAACUGAUCAUCAAAAAAUUGUAAUGAAUAUACUGUAUUAUCAUUUAUUGUAAUUUCCAUAUUCUUACAUUUUUUCUUCCAAAUCUAAAGUUUUUCCAGGGUAAAUUUUAAAUAAUGUGUUUGAUAUACAGCAUCCCUUUGGUAACUUGAAAUCCAGGUGACAAAUUUUUUCCUAUUCUUAUUUUAGAUAUAGAAUUUCUGUACAAUGUUUGAAUUGCUUUUAUUAUAGUAGGGUUGAAACCAAAUGAUUGUAAAGCUCUCCAUAGAUUGGUUAAAGGAACACUAUCAUAAGCUUUUUCUAUAUCCAUAAACACUAAAUGAAGAGGUUGUGCUCAAACUGUUUUCUUUUCAAUAAUUUGUUGUAAGCAAAAGAUAUGAUCUAUUGUCGAUCUUCCUGCUCGAAAACCUGCUUGUUCUUCCGCCUCCAUUUCCUUGUACUCUUUUUCUAGAAAAUAUUUAAUUAUUCUUCCAUAAAGUCUGCUUAAUGUGCUGGUUACUGUUAUACCCCUAUAAUUUUUACAAUUGUCUUUCCUUCCCUUCUUAUGUAUUAUGGAAAUAUAUCCUAUUUUCCAAUCAUCUGAUACAUCCUCCCCAUUUAGGCAUUUUUCAAAAAAAGAUCUCUUAAAAGUUCAUAUAAUUUAUCUGUACCAUAUUUUAAUAGUUCAGUGGAAAUUCCUCCAAUUCCAGUAGCUCUUCUAUUCUUUAAAGAUUUGAUAGCAUCUUUUACUGUUUCUAUAUCCAAGUGGAUGUAAUUACCCAAUGUUUCAUUUAAUUCUUGUUGAAGAUUCUCCAAAUAUUCUUCUCUAUUUUUUGUUAGUAGUUCUUUAAAAUAUUUUUCCCAUGACUGGAAUGUGAUAUAUUUAAUAUGAUGUGUUUCUUUAGAGUUUCUUCUUAAAUUUUUUAAUGUCCUCCAGGCUUCUGUGCUUCUUUAUCCUCCGAUAAAAUUUUCUGUUUUUUGACAUGACUGUUCCCACCCUUUGUUCUUUGCCUUCGCAACUUUCUUUCUGAUUUUAGCUUGUUGUGCAUUAAGUUCUAUUUUGUCCUGGAUAUUUGGUGUAUUUAGCCAUUUUACAUAUUUAUCCUUUUUUAUUUUUACAUCCUUUUCUAUUUCCUCAUUCCUAUAAUACAAUAAUUUUUUGUUGUGUAUAUUAUACUUUUCCCCUAGAGCUUCUUUGGCUGAUUUGUGUAAAUUAUUUAAAAUAUAUUGAUACUGAAUUUCUGUAGUAUCAAAAAGAUUUUCUGUUAAUUUUUCAUUUAAUCUCUUUCUGUAUAAAUAUAUGGUACUUUCAUUCUCUAAACUAUUUAAAUUAUAUUUGGGAAUAUUUAUUUCAGUCUUUAAAUUCUCCUCAUGAUUAAUUUGAUUGUCUCCAACUUCUGUAUCUCUAAAUGGAAAUAACAUUUUUGAAUUAACUAAAAAAUAAUCAUUGAGUGUCACUCCUCUGUACAAUCUGAUGUCUUGUAUUUUUAAUUUUAUUUGCGGCUGUAUUAUAAUAUAAUCGAUUAUCGAUUUUUGAAGUAAUGUAUCCUGAUGCCAUAUAUAUUUAUGUAUUUCUCUAUAUUGAUAGAAGCCGUUCAAAAUUUUUAAAGAAUUCUGUUCACAAAUAUCAAUUAAUCUCUUGCCAUUGUCAUUCACAAUAUUUUCUCCAAAUGGUCCUAUGAUUUUACUUCCUGUUUGUCUUCCUGUUCUACUGUUGAAAUCUCCCGCAACGAUAACUUUUCUUGUAUUUCCAAUUUCUUCUAUUAAUCAAUUUAAUUUGUUGAAAAACUCAUCUUUAUUAUGAGAAAGCUCAUCUUCACUAAGUGCAUAUACUCACAAAAUUGUAAUUCUGUAUCCAUGUAGAUUUAUGUUAAUUUUUAUCAAAUUUUCUUCAAUAGGCUCCCAAUUUGUGACAUUUCCUGAAUUUGUUUUUCAUCAAUACAGAUAUUCCACGUUUUGCUCGUUAAUCUUUUGGUACCCCACAGCAUAUGAUCCCUUGGGUUCAAUACCUGUUUCCUUAAUUUUUGUUUCUGAUAGUAUAAUAAUAUCUUGGUUUCUGCUUUCCAAUUCUUUAAUAACUUUCCCUAUUUUAUUUCUUAAACCUUGGAUAUUCCAUACACCAAUUAUCAUCCGCCCAGUUUUAAUCUCUUGAGUUUUUUAACAUUGUUUUUUUUCGAUGAAUGGGGAGUUGGCCCAUUGCAUCAACCCCCAACCUGGAGGACCGGGUAAUUUUUUUUCAAGGUUUUCUUCCUUUAGCCUUUGAUAAUCCAAUAUCUUACUACAAGGCAGUAGUUGCUACUUUUGGUCCGCCCCGGGUAUUUUAUUUGACUCACCCUGUAUAUUUUUAUGUCCAUAUAUUAUCCAGAGCAGACAUCAGGUGAAAGAAUGUGGGUUCAUUUGGCUCUAGAUAUGAACCACUGGUGAGCUCUUGUGAAGAGAGUAAUGAACCUUGGGGUUGUAUAAAAGGUGGAGAAUAUCUUAAUUAGCUGAGUGAACUGUUAACUUCUCAAGAAUGACUGUAAGUUCUUACAAGAACAUUGUAUUGUAUACUCAGUACUCGGAAUAAAUAAAAGCGAAUACUGAAAGAUAAAACUUAGAACCUAGGGAAGAUUUAUCUUUAACAGAACACUUUUUGUAAUCGUGAAGAGGCACGUUUAAAUAACUAUUUGAUUGGCUGUAACUGACAGAGUAACAAUUCAGUAUGCACUUUUAUCAGAUUGAAAUGUGCCAACAUUAUGUGGAACAGUUUGUAUCAGAUGCCAUUCUUAUGUUUGUUAAUAUUUUCACUAUAUGUUAUUAAAAUGUGAGAAUAUGAGUGUAUUGCUCAGUUAAACGGUUCUUGGUGUAAUAAAGAAUGAUUUGCCCCUA